AAGGAGAUGUAUAUAUAUCAACCCCACAUCCCACCUCAAGGCUGCACGGACACCUCGAAUACGAGGUAACUCCGGCUAUAUAGCUAUAAAGAAACUCAGACCGACCCAACCCCGGGCUAGCCAUAUCCCAUUCAUCUAUCAUACCCCAGCCAAAAGUACCAACUACUACCAUCGGUAAUUCUAUACAACCCGGCCAAAAUGUGCAUCCAGCUCUGGAUAUCGACCCUUGCCCUCCUCACUCUCACAAACGCCAAGUACCUUGCAGCCCACGCCCAAAUCACGGCCGGACCUCAAUAUCACGCCCUCCACGCCCGUCAAGGUACCUAUACCUGCGACUCGGGCUAUACAUCCUGCGUUGGCUGGGGAGCCUGUUGUACCUCCGGCGCACCAUGCACCGUCAUCAACGGCCAGCGUGGCUGCGAUGCAGUCUGCAAUGGCGUCGAGGUGUGCGGACAUUUGUGCUGUGAUAUUGGAUUCCAGUGUUCGGCGAACAGCUUUUGUGUUACGGAGGGGUAUGGGGGUGAGAGUGCGGAGACGAUUGUCACGACGAGUAUCGUGGAAAGUGUUGUGACGAGUUCGUCGGCGUCGGUAUCGGUGUCGGAGGAGAAUGGGGAUGGGACGUAUACUAUCUUGCCAUAUACAUCGACUACGCAUGCGGCAUCGAAUACACCGGUGUCACUUGCUUCGUCGAGUACUAUAGGAUCUAAUUCCUCGGCUGUGGGUGGGAGUUCAUCGACUGGAAGUAGUGUCGGGUUGUCUUCGUCUUCGGGGGCUACUACGUCGCCAUCAUCUUCGGCAACGCCGGUUCAAACUACGGGGAAUUCAGGGGUGGGUACUUUGGAAAGGAGAUUGGUGAUGAUCUGUAUGGUUGUGCUGUUCUUGGGAAUUGCUCUUUGAGACGGAGUUUACUUAGUUUUGGAAGGUACAAAUUAUGAUUGUCGACUGUUAUUCUGACCAAACAUCGAGAGAAUAAUGUUAUGUAUUCAUUGCACUGGCCUUGACCAGACAAGCAUCGAUAGUAUCGUGUCGUGGUCGAAGUAGAAUUAUGACCCUCUGUUCGGAUGGAAUAUACAAUCUAUAAGUAGGAACUACCAAGAAUAUGCACAGAUAAAACCGACAUUCAAUCUAACAAUUAGAAUCCGUUGUAACACCCCUUGCCCAAUACGCCGUGGGUAUAACACUUGACAGUCAUAGAAAUCAUACAUAGGAAGAGCAAGCAUCACUCUUCAAAGAAGCAAGGCAAUUCGAAGUUCCUCGAAAGCGCCUUACUUUCCAAGCGUCUUCCGGCACUCAUCACAGUACCACGUGCCGACUGGCUCACGGGUCAGUCCCACACACUUCCAGUGGAACCACUCGUAGGGACAACUGUCGUUGUCGCAUGCUACCAUGUCACCGUGGCUGACAGUGCGGCAGGUGCAGUACACCUUGGUAUCCUCGACACCCUCGUCUUCUUCCUCGUCGUCAUCCAUAUCCUCAUCGCCGUCGGCGACAUCGCUCUUGUCCGAAUCCGACAUGUCAGCACUACUGAGCAUGGAAUCAUCGUCUUCAUCUCCCUCGCCAGUGGGGGACUUCUUGGAUGCUUUGACACGACCGCUGGCACUGGAUGAGCGCUUGGUGUGCUUGCUGGAUGCAGAGGCUUUGAUCUUCUUGACUUGUUGGUGCGGCGCAACUUUCUUGGUCAAGGCCUUUUUAACGGUGGCGGCGCGCGGUCCGACACUGCCUGCGCGACUGCCAGCAGGGGUACCAGCCUUGGGUGUUCCAGGACCUAGAGAGGACUGACGCAGGUUGGAUGAUGCCGCGGGGAGUGUUCCCAAGGAGGCAUUCAUCAAUCGACGACGUUUGGAGUCCACUGCACCGGCAGAAGACUCGCGUUGGCGCUGCUGAAGGUGGACAGCUGUAGUUGCAGCGGGAGUUGCAGGAGCAGAGCUGCGUGCGCCGCCUUGUGCAGCAAGGGCGGUUGGACCUGGAGCUCGCGCGCUAACCUGGUUCAGACGCUGGGCUGCAGCAAGGAUGAUAUUCGCGUUUCCGGACGUCGUGUUGAGUGGAGUGGCGUAAGAGGGGGAUUCGGAGGGCGUAGAGUCCGGGAAGAACACCUUUGGUGGGUCACGGUAUUGGUUUUUGUUGUCAAAGAGUGAAGGGAGAGGCGGAUCAUUGGAGAGCAGGCCGUCGUUGACAAGAUCGCGGAUGCGCAUAUCCAAGCGUUUGAUUUGGCGAUCCAACAGCACGCAAGCCUUGUCGCUCAACUGGAUCUUCUCAUCUUGGAGCUGUAUGGCCCGGUCAUAGCUCUCAAGCACCGCCUUAUUGUACUGCUCCUCCUUGGGGUUUGGUGCGAGACUGCCAUUCGCCUUGAUGAAUUUCUGGAUGCUGCCAUCCUUAGAGUUGAUUGUGGCUCGGUAAUCUUGCAUGGACUUGUCUUUGGCUUGGAUCUCCUCCAUCAGAUGGUUGAUCUCAAGGGGCAAGUUGGCCGCAUCGUGCACAAAUUGUUCUAGGACUGUUGCGCAGUCCUCCGCGCCGUGUGCCAUGGGCGGAUUUCGGGUAGCGGCUGCAGGCCGCUGCUGAGGGGCUUUCUGAGGAGGUUUCUGGGGAGCAGCCUUGCGAGUUGCGUUCUUCGGAGGUGUAAAAGGGCUGCUUUUUCUCAGCCUUCCACGAGAUCGACGGGGCGGUUGAGGAGGAGAGGGUGGAGCAGGAAGAGCACCAGCCACAUGAGAAACAUUAGCC